AUGAAAAUAUUAAAUUUUUUUAAUUUUAUAUUUUUGUUAUUAUAUAUUAUAUUAUUAAAUUAUUUUAUAACGGUUGUAAAGUCAAGUAGUUUUUCUAUAGUGUUUGAUAUUUCACUAAAUGGCACAUCAGUUUUUAAAAACAUCAACGACACCAAAAGCAAAUCAUUUUCAGAGGCCAAUUCAAAGAUACUAAGUUUUAUCAAUAACAAAGAACCCCACGAUUUAAAGAUAUAUCUACAAAUGGAGAACUAUAGCGACAGGGAUCCACCAAUAAUCAUCAACGAAGAUUCUUAUUUUGGAAAUUUAUAUAAAUUUUUCACAAUAAGUUUAUCGGUUGUGGACUACAAUUUAAAUGCGCUGGAGAACCCAGAAUCAAUAAUAAUAGACGGAUCAAAUAGUAAAUCAUAUUUUCUACACAAUGAUGCACUCAUGUUUACACAAAGUAUAAAAAUAGAUGGCUUUCAGUUUGUAAAUUGGCAAUCCAAUCAUAUUGCAAUCAUUAGAAACUUUCAGUAUUCAACAUUAGAAAUUGACAAUUGUAUUUUCAAAGACUCAAACUUCAUCUAUAGAAAUCACAUUGAUAAUUGCUACCAAAUCACUUUAAAUAACUGUCAGUUUAUACAUAUGAAUCCCAAUGUAUUCAAUCUAUUUUUCAACUAUAUAUAUAUAAAUAACAUUAGCUUUAUAAAUAAUAUCAAUAACAAUAUAAUAAUAAAUGAUUUUAAAUUUUUACAAAUAUCAAACUCAACAUUUAACAAUAACACGCUUUAUAACAAACCAUUUAUAGAAUUAAAUUUUGGUAACGAUAAUAUAGACUCUAAAUUUUUAUUUGAUACUAUUUUAAUAUCUAAUAAUUUUCAAAAUAAUCAAACACCCUCCAACUCUAUUAUAAAAUAUAAUUUAAAUAAUAUCAUUAAUAACGACAACGAUAGUGUAAUUUAUUACCACAAUAUAAAAUUAAAUAAUGUUAAUAUAGAUAGUAUCAAUAAAAAUCAAUUUAAAAAUAUAAUAAAUGCAAAUAAUUCAGUUAUAAAUAUAACAAAUAGUAUAAUACCCUCAAGCAACUAUACAAUAAAUGGAAAUAGAAAUAUGAUAGUAUCAAGUAAUAGUACAAACAACCCAUCAUUAGCUGAACCAUUUUGUAAUAUAAUUAAUAGCAUAAUUUAUAAAUGCACAAAUAAAAACAACAACAAUAAUAAUAAUAAUAAUUCAGAGAAAUUAAAAAUAAUAUUAAUAUCUGCAUUAGUACCAAUAUGCGCAAUAACAAUAUUUUUAGUAAUUAUAGCGAUUUAUAUAAUAAAUCUAAAAAAAAGAAAAAAGAAAAUAAAAGAAAUGGAAAAAAGAAAUAAAGAAAUUGAUAAAACCAUUGGCGAAAUUAUUGGUAGUGAUCAAUUUUUACAACCUGCACCUUUAGAGUUACCAAACUUUUUAAAUGAAAUAGAACUAAAUCCAAUGGCAACAGUUGAUGAUAAAUAA